ACUACUCACAAGUCGAUUGUUAAAUUUAAGGAUGGAUGGCUUCUCUGUUAUGUUGACUCUUCGCUUAUGGGCGUCGAUGAUUUGCGCAACACAAAGGUUAGGAAGCUUUUGUUCCAGAACAGCGCGUUUGAGCUUGCUCAGCCGCAACCAGUUGUGACCCCAUAA